CGGGCGCCCUUAGGAGUGGCAGUUUUUAAAAGUGCAGCCCGGAGGCCCGCCCGGACGCCGCCGCCCGCACCUCCCGCGCGUCCCGCUUGCGCCCGUCCCGGCCGCGCUCGAGCCCGCGUUCCACGCCCGUCCGGCCCCAGGCCCAGCAAGCCCGCACCAUGCCGGUGAAGGGAGGCACCAAGUGCAUCAAAUACCUGCUCUUUGGAUUUAACUUCAUCUUCUGGCUUGCCGGCAUCGCGGUCUUGGCCAUCGGACUAUGGCUGCGAUUCGACCCACAGACCAAGAGCAUCUUCGAGCAAGAGAAUAACCACUCCAGGUUCUACACAGGUGUGUAUAUUCUGAUUGGCGCGGGCGCCCUCAUGAUGCUGGUGGGAUUCCUGGGCUGCUGCGGGGCGGUGCAAGAGUCCCAGUGCAUGCUGGGAUUGUUCUUCGGGUUCCUCCUGGUGAUAUUUGCCGUUGAGAUCGCGGCAGCCAUCUGGGGCUAUUCCCACAAGGACGAGGUGAUUAACGAACUGCAAAAAUUUUACGUGGACACCUACAGCAAGCUGAAAAACAAGGAGGAGCUGCAGAAGGAGACGCUGAAAGCCAUCCACGCCGCGCUGGACUGCUGCGGCAUCGUCGGCGGAGUGGAGCAGUUCAUCUCGGACAUCUGCCCCAAGAAGGAUUUUCUCAGCACCCUGACAGAGAAGCCCUGUCCUGUGGCCAUCCAAGAGGUCUUUGACAACAAAUUCCAUAUCAUCGGUGCGGUGGGCAUCGGGAUCGCCGUGGUGAUGAUCUUCGGCAUGAUCUUCAGCAUGAUCCUGUGCUGUGCUAUCCGCAGGAGCAGAGAGAUGGUCUAGAGUCAGCUUGUAACCCUGAGCAGGAACAUGGACCCCUGAAGACGGUUAUUCUCCAGGGGUUUAGGGUUGUUCAAUUUGUUUUAUUUUGCCACUAACCUUAGUAUCAUUCUGCAUUUCUAAACAAUGACAUUUUUUUUCUAUGUUUGUCUUUUUAAUGCUUUUUUUCAAUAUUGAUAUUUGUAGUGGAGGGAUUGGGGGGUAUGGUUUGCUUUGGUUUAUAUAUUUUUUUUUUGGUUGUUUGUUUUGCUUAUUUACCAUAAGCAAAAAAUCCUGCAAUGAAAGGUACUAUAUUUGCUAGACUCUAGACAAAAGAUAUUGUACAUAAAGAGAAUUCUUUUUUGUCUUUAAAUAGAUAAAAAAAAAAAAGUAUAUCUAUCAAAUUUAAUCAGGUUGUAAGUUAUGUUGAAGACAAUUUGAUACAUAAUAAAGAAUUAUGACAAUAUACUGGA